UCAUUAAUGCGAACCAUAAUUGUAAGUUUUCUAAAGAUAAAAACAAUUAUGUUUUACCUGUAAUAAUUGUCGUUUAUAUGUUAAUAUCAAUAUGCGCAAAAACGUUCCAUCGUGGUUUUAUAAUAUUUCGUCAAUUUCAAGAUGCAGUAGAAUAUCUUCUUAUGCAGGCGUGUCAUAUCAAGAAUACCGUCGAUUAUCUCCUCAAGGUCACGUUGAUGAUGGAAAAAUUGAUUUAAAAACUGUCAUACGUGAAAAAUAGAAGAAGAAGCUAGAUUCUAAAUUAAGGAGUUCUAAAUUAAGGCCGUUCAUUAUCCUCGCCCUCUACUCUGAUUUUCUUUAUAAUUUAGAAGCCAUUAAUGAGAAUAGGCGUGAUUUCUGAACGAUUUCGAUAAACAAGAUCUCAUUUUAAAGGCGUAGGUUUAAUCUGUCAUAUAUUGUUAUCGAAUUUUUAAAAAAGCUUUUUAUUCGUGCAUAAAAUAUUCUUCAAAGAUAUUAUUUUUUAACAUGAUUUUUUUCAAAGAAAAUAAAGCUUUUUAAAAAAUUCGAAAACUAUAUACGAUAGAUUAAGCCUUCGUCUUUAAAAUGAUAUCUUGUCGAUCAAAAUUGAUUAAGAAUUAUGCCUGUUUUUAUUGUUGGCGUAAAUCCUAUUUUCGACAUUUUUCGCGAAGAAAAAGUUCAGUACUGUGGCGCCCCUCGACAUUUGCGGUAAGAAAGAAGAAGCUCGUACUUCCAUUACUGAUUUUUAUAUACGCAUUUGUAUGAUGUAUGUUUUGUUUCCGUGAAGUAGCGAUUGCUUACUUAUUUGUAUGAUGCGUAAAUAGCUGAUUUUUAAAACUUAUAAACACUCUAAAUCCAAAGAAAUAUGUUCCACGAUGCUCGCAUAGAGAAGCUACGAUAAUUUACUCUCUUAACGUAUAAUCAUACAAAUUCCAUUUAUUAAAUUAUUCUACGAACCAAUAAUACGAAGGACAGUGUAAUAUAUAUAUAUAUAUAUGUGUAAAUUAAAUUAAAUAAAAAAUGGCAUGUUGAAUAAAUACAUGACAUAUAUAUAGUACGACAUGAUGAACAACGUGAUAUAAAAUGCAUCUGUCACAGAGACUUCAUUAUUAGAAAAUUAGAUCUCAGAAUACGUUAUAUCUGUGAUAAUUGUCGUUUAUACUAAUAUCAAUAUGUCUGUGCAAAAACGUGCCUGUGGUUUUAUUAUAUUUCGUCGAAUUCAAGAUACUAUAGAAUAUCUUCUUAUGCAGGCAUCAUACGGGGAGCACCAUUGGUCACCUCCUAAAGGUCACGUCGAUGAGGGAGAAACUGAUUUUGAAACUGCUUUACGUGAAACAGAAGAAGAAGCUGGAUUUGUAAAAAAUGAUUUAAAAAUUUUUCAAGAUGCCAAAGUAGAAUUAAAUUAUAAUGUUAAUGGCAUUCCUAAAACUGUCAUAUAUUGGUUGGCAGAACUUAUAAAUCCUAAUCAGCCUGUUAGAAUGUCUAGCGAACAUCAAGCAUAUAAAUGGUUAGGUUAUCAGGAAGCUUGUAAUCUUGCAAAAUAUGUCGAUAUGCAAAGUGCUCUAACACAGUUUAAUGAAUAUAUAAAUAAAAAUGUAAAAAAGAAGUAAUACAAAAUAUAAUUAACUUUUAUAAAA